CCACGGACCCGGCCGGACACAGUAAACUUUUGCGGCUUAUCUCUGUCCUGGAGAGAGAAGACGAUCUCUUGGGCUAUGAGGCUCUUACUAGAGAGCGCGGCCGUCCUUAUUCUCCUAUGGAGUUGUCUAGUGUUUGUCCUCGCAGGACGUGACUUCUACCAGAUACUGGGCGUCUCCAAGAGUGCCUCUACCAGUGAAAUCAAGAAGGCCUACAGGAAACUGGCAGUCAAGUACCAUCCUGACAAGAAUCCGGACAACCCAGACGCAGUCACAAAGUUUCACGACAUCAACGACGCCUACGAGGUGCUGCAGGAUGACGAGAAAAGGGAGAUCUAUGAUCGACACGGGGAGGAGGGGCUGAAGAACCAGGGUGGAGGAGAUCAUGGCUUUGGUUCCUUCUUUGACGGGGGCGGAGGGUUCCGUUUCCAUUUCGGUGGAGGGGGCGACGGGGGUCCUCGGGAAAUUCCUCGCGGGGGAACCAUCCACAUGGACAUGGAAGUUUCACUGGAGGAUCUCUACAUUGGCAAAUUCAUAGAGUUUGCUCGCUAUAAGCCAGUGGCGAAGCCGGCGUCCGGGACUCGGCAGUGCAACUGCAGGACAGAGAUGAAGACCACUCAAAUUGGACCGGGCAGAUUUACAAUGUCGCCACAGCAAGUCUGCGAGGAAUGCCCAAAUGUGAAGUAUGUUCUGGAGGAGAAAGUUCUGGAGAUGGAGAUUGAGCCUGGAAUGAGGGACGGCUACCAGUACCCUUUCAUCGCUGAAGGUGAACCACACAUAGAUGGAGAGCCUGGAGAUCUCAUUAUGGUCAUCAAGACAAAGAAACACGGUGUAUUUGAGAGGAGGGGAGACGACCUGUACAUGAACCUGACGGUGUCUCUGAGAGACGCUCUGGUGGGGUUCUCCGUUGACAUCUCUCACCUCGACGGACAUGUGGUGACUCUCCACAGGGAGAAGGUGACGUGGCCUGGAGCCAUCAUACAAAAACCGGGUGAGGGAAUGCCCAACUACGACGACAACACACGGAGAGGCAGUCUCUUCAUCACCAUUGACGUCGACUUCCCUCGGGGGACUUUCUCUGACGAGGACAAGGAAGCAAUCAUCGCAGUACUUGGACAGGAAUCAGGACAGACGACCUACAAUGGACUCUGACACAACAGCACACAUGUGUGCAUGUGUGUGGAGAGUUGCUGCUAUAAGGCUAUUCCAGGUUUUCCAGCCUCCAUUAGGAUGUUGUAAUUUAUAUCACUCCUAGGGAUCUUUGAAUCAAAACAUCCAUGUGUACAUGUGCCGUGUCUAAAGCAAUUUUUACAAGCCAAC